GGCUUCCUCUUUUUUUGUCCUGCUGUGGGCCCAAGACUCCUUACUCAUAGCCUCGGAAGAGGGGACUGAGCACCAUGGCCUCCCGCGCAGCGCCAGUCAGGCAGACAUGCUGUUGUUUCAACGUCCGAGUCGCCACCAUAGCCCUGGCCGUUUACCACAUAGUCAUGAGUGUCCUGCUGUUCAUUGAGCAUGUGGUGGAGGUGGCCCGCGGUAAGGUCUCCUGCAGGUUCUCCAAGAUGCCGUACCUCAGGAUAGCUGACCUGCUCUCCAGCUUCCUGCUCAUCGGUGUCCUCUUCUUCAUCAGCAUCAGCCUGCUGGUCGGCGUGGUCAAGAACCGGGAGAAGUACCUGAUACCCUUCCUGUCCCUCCAAAUCAUGGACUUCCUGCUGUGCCUGCUCACACUGUUGGGCUCCUACAUCGAAUUGCCGGCAUUCCUGAAGCUUGCUCGGCCCCGGCCGGGUCCUUCUAAGGUCCCCUUGAUGACACUGCAGCUGCUGGACUUCUGUUUGAGUGUCCUGACCCUGUGCAGUUCCUACAUGGAGGUGCCCACCUACCUUAACUUCAAGUCCAUGAACCACAUGAAUUACCUGCCAAGCCAGGAGGGCAUGCCGCGCGACCAGUUCCUCAACGCCAUGCUCAUCUUCUCCGUGGCCUUCAUCAUCGUGCUCAUCCUGAAGGUCUACAUGUUCAAGUGUGUGUACACAUGCUACAAAUUCAUGAAGCAGAUGAACUCGGCCAUGGAGAACAGCAGCUUCAAGACAUUCCUUAAGGUGGCUCUGCCGUCCUACGAGGAAGCCUUGUCUCUGCCCACUAAGACUCCAGAGGGGGACCCUGCCCCACCCCCAUACUCAGAAGUGUGACCCCCCCACCAGGCUUUCAGCCCCUGGGCUGGGAGAGGCGAAUUUCCUCCUCCUGCUUCUUCACUUUGGUGGCUGCUGUGGCCUACUUCAGGACAAUCUGCUUGUGCACCCCCUCACUGUCCUCUCCUCUCGGGGACCCCUCACUCACAACUGAGUCACCCUGGGCUAAAUGACCCUUUGCAGCUCGGAAUACUCAGCCUAGCAGCUCAUCUUGUCUCCAUCAGCGGUGAUACUUGUUCAGAGCACAGUUGUGGCCAAUUAGGGUGAGUUUGGUUAACAGCUACUGGCUUGAUCUGUUUAGCCAGGCAGCCAACACCAGCAGGGGCAGUCGGAAGAGAAUCUGGCCAAGGGGCAGUUCCUGGUAUCAGUCUAUACUCAGCCAUAAGGUUAUAGAGUGGGUCACGAUUGUGGUGUCCAUUUGCCAUCCCUGUUAAUCCAAAAGUGUACAAAUAAGACAAUUCCUUCAAACAGAUUGCUUAAACAAAUAGCAGUUUAGCCAACCGCUGUCAUUAGGAAUUAUGAUAAAAUCUGAUAAGAAACUGAGGUGUCAAACAGGAGGAAAAGAAAAAGAAACGGGGUUCCUCCCACCAUUCAGUGCAAUGCACACCGUGGACGCCCAGCCUCUGCUGGGGCUGGGAAGUCCAAUGGUCCCACAGAUACCCUGACCAUUCUGCUUAGUGUGGGAAAAACAUGGUUGCUUCUGUUUUAAACAAUCCCUUCCCAUGAGUCACCGCUCUGAUGGCUAGCUGUCCUCAUCUUCAGCCAAGUGUUCCCCAUGGCCACACAGCGGUGAGGUCCCUGCAAGGGUCACUUCAGCCAUGGGUGAUUUAGGGUCUGGUUAUCAUGACAUCCCAACAGCUAGGUUGCUUCAGCCUGUCUGCCAGGGCUCUGCACCCUGCCUGUGGUGUAGAUGGGGCGGCAGGGCUGAGGGCCUAGAGACAUUCCUCCCACUGUGCCUGUGUCAUUGCUUGUGUGUGACUUGGAAGAAUGGCCAAUAAAGCAGCUGCAAGCUUCA